GGGGAGUUGGUGGGCGUUGGCGCCCUAUUUCUACCUCUCUCCACCUCUCUUUCUCUUCACCUUCGUUUCAUCAACAAAAGCUACCCCACAUAAAAAGAUUUUUAAAUUCAUAAAUAAUUAAGAAAAUACAUAAAAAUUAUUUUUUAAUUAGAUAAAAUAAAAUUAAAAACCCCACAAAAUUACAUUAUUAAAUACCUCUUCAACUUCCAUCUCUCAUUCUCUUCAAGCUCAAGAGUCUCUCCUACUACACCCAACUCACUUCCAACCACAAAAAACAAAGGAGAGAGAGAGAGAAAGUAAGAGAGACUCAAGUUUUUCCUACUAAUUCUACAAUUUCUUCUCACCAUUUUCAAUUUUCGCUUUCUGGGUACCAUUAAUUUCAUCAAAUUUCCUGUAAAGUUUACUCCUUUCAACAAAUUUUGAUUAAAUUUGAUCUGGGUUUGAGCUCAAAUCAAUGGAUUCUAACUCAGUCAAAGUCUUAGAUCUAAUGAGUUCAUUUCUAAAAGGCAAUUUUGAGCAGCUAAAUGUGUCGUUUGAAGACGCAUCUGCAGCUGCGAUCAUAGUUGAAAAUCGAGAAGUUGUUAUGUUUCUUAUAACUUCAAUUGCUGUUCUGAUUGGUAGUGCUUUAUUGCUGUUUUGGAAGAAAUCUAAUGGUGGGAAAGUUUCUAAAGUUGUUGAUGUUCCUAAACCUUUGAUUAUUAAAGAAGAAGAUGAUGAAGAGGUUGAUGAUGGUAAAAAGAAAGUUACUGUCUUUUUUGGUACUCAAACUGGUACUGCUGAGGGAUUUGCAAAGGCAUUAGUAGAGGAAGCCAAAACAAGAUAUGAGAAAGCGACUUUUAAAAUUGUUGAUUUGGAUGAUUAUGCUGAGGAUGAUGAUGAAUAUGAAAGGAAACUAAAGAAGGAAACUUUGGCUUUCUUCUUCAUGGCUACCUAUGGAGAUGGGGAACCAACAGAUAAUGCAGCAAGGUUUUAUAAAUGGUUCAUGGAGGGCAAGGAAAGGGGUGUGUGGCUUGAGAACCUCCAAUAUGGAGUUUUUGCUCUUGGAAACAGACAAUAUGAACAUUUCAAUAAGGUCGGGAAGGAGAUUGACGAGCUUUUCGCUGAGCAAGGCGGAAAACGGCUUGUUCCAGUUGGUCUUGGUGAUGAUGAUCAAUGUAUCGAAGAUGAUUUUUCAGCUUGGAAGGAAUUAGUCUGGCCGGAGUUAGACCAGUUACUUAGGGACGAGGAUGAUGUAGCUGUUUCCACACCUUAUACUGCUGCCAUUCCAGAAUACCGGGUUGUAUUUCACGAUGCUCCAGAUGCAGCUCAAGACAAGAGCUGGGCUAAUGCUAAUGGUCAUGCCGUAUUUGAUGCCCAACAUCCAUGCAGAUCAAAUGUGGCUGUGAGAAGGGAGCUACAUACUCCUGCUUCGGAUCGUUCUUGCACUCAUUUGGAAUUCGACAUUUCUGGCACGGGACUCAAAUACGAGACAGGGGAUCAUGUUGGUGUCUUUUGUGAAAAUCUUGUUGAGACCGUGGAGGAAGCUGAAAGGUUGUUAGGUCUCAAACCGGAUACAUACUUUUCUAUCCAUGCUGAUAAAGAGGAUGGCACUCCGGUUUCUGGAAGCUCACUACCGCCACCUUUCCCACCUUGUACAUUAAGAUCGGCACUCACCCGAUAUGCGGAUGUUUUAAGCUCCCCUAAAAAGUCUGCUUUGCUCGCAUUAGCAGCUCAUGCUUCUGAUGCAAAUGAAGCCGAACGAUUGAAAUAUCUUGCAUCUCCUGCUGGAAAGGAUGAAUAUGCUCAAUGGAUUGUUGCAAGUCAGAGAAGCCUCCUUGAGGUUAUGGCCGAGUUCCCCUCUGCUAAGCCACCACUUGGUGUUUUCUUUGCUGCCGUGGCACCACGUUUGCAGCCGAGAUACUACUCCAUCUCAUCUUCCCCAAGAGUGGCCCCAACAAGAAUUCAUGUUACAUGUGCAUUAGUUCUUGAUAAGAUGCCUACCGGAAGGAUUCAUAAAGGAGUGUGUUCAACUUGGAUGAAGAAUUCCUUGCCUGAAGAAGAGACCCAUAAUUGUAGUUGGGCACCAAUUUACGUGAGACAGUCCAACUUUAAACUCCCAGCAGAUUCAUCAGUUCCAAUCAUAAUGAUCGGUCCAGGAACUGGAUUAGCUCCGUUCAGGGGCUUCUUGCAGGAAAGGUCUGCUUUGAAAGAAGACGGAGUGAAUUUAGGACAAGCAAUGUUGUUUUUCGGUUGCAGAAACCGUAGAAUGGAUUAUAUUUAUGAAGAGGAACUCCAGAACUUCCUAGAAACCGGAGCACUCUCAGAGCUGGUUGUCGCUUUCUCACGGGAAGGCCCCACAAAAGAAUACGUUCAACACAAAAUGAUGGAAAGGGCUCUGGAUGUCUGGAAUGUGAUAUCUCAAGGAGGGUACAUCUAUGUUUGUGGUGAUGCCAAAGGCAUGGCACGAGAUGUUCACCGAGCCCUUCACUCAAUUUUACAGGAACAGGGCGGCAUGGAUGGUUCCAAAGCAGAAGCCUUUGUGAAGAAUUUGCAAACAACCGGUAGAUACUUGCGUGAUGUGUGGUAAUGACGCUGGUUAAUAUUAACAAACGGUACUGCUCGAAAGACAAAUACUACCGAGGGACGGGGACAAAUGACGGAAAAAUACAUUUGUUACGAUCAUCAUCCUCGGAAAAUUGAAAAUGGAUGGGUUGUUGUAGCUUAAUUAUUUAUGUAAUUCUUUUUAUCUCUAAGAUGAUAUAGUUUUUCUUUUCUUUCUGGGUGGGGAUUCCUCAUCCUUUGUACCAUAAGUAUAUCUUUAGUCAGGGAAUGUAAGUUUAACAAUAUUUUUGAGAGACAAUGUUGUUUUGUAUUGCGGCAGAUCGGCCCUUAUAAUGCAGAACAUAAUGCUUACAUAUCUUAAAUUAUUUAUAUCAUAAACAGCUUUCUUUCUAGCGCGUGAUGCGUAUA